AUGAUACAGCAUAGACUCGCCACCAAGCUUCUAUCACGCGCCGUAGCAGCCAGAAAAGAGCAGAUCACUCGCACCCCUGUGUCUCUUGAUCGAUCUCUGUGCUGCAACGUUGCUGCAUCCUUAAGACAAACGCAGAACGGUCAAGCUUUGCGAACUCUAACCGUCGACGCAAGCUCUAGCGACUCUGCGCCCAAUAGAUUCGCAAUUUAUGCUGUGACGGCAGCUCUUGCUGGAGCAGUGAGUCUAACUGUAGAUGAAACGCACUCGGAGAUGACGCCGGACAAGAAAGAGGAAAAGCAUUUUAAGUAUGCCGAAGCGGUGGAUAUAAUCCGACAGCAAGUAUCGGAGUUUCGCACGGCGCUGAAGAGCUCCGAGACGCGAAUCCCAAAGGCUUUUCCGAUCAAAAAGAUUGGAAUGUCAAGGAUUUAUGCGCCUAAUGGCGUGGCCACGAUCCGGAUUGAGUUUGCGUGUCCGUCAUUCGUUGACCAAGAGGCGAUCCUUGGUCGUUUUCUUCUUCAAUUACAAAAGACAUUUGUGCCUGACUCUCGUCAGACUAUCGAGGUACUGCCGGUUCCACUGGAUAGCUCCAGUCUCGUGGAGUCGAAUGAUCAACCUGCUGUAACGUACUUGUACGCGAACGGGUCCGGAUCUUUCCAUUUCUUGCGCGAUACGUCUUCGGUUCAAGCACCCUCGAAGUUCGUUUUUUACAAAGAUGAGUUUCUGACGCAAAGAGAGAUUGACGCAGUCGUUAGUGCGUACAAGGAGAUCUAUUCACCUGCGAAUGUAGCCGCCUUCUUUCGUCACAAUCUUGAGCAGCGUCGUAAGAACGCGCUCGUUGGACGCGGUAGAAAUCCGACCACUUCUACUGCAACUGACAGCAAGGAAGAGGCAAUCCAGGAGCUACAAAGCCUUGGAAUUGAUGUUUUUGAGCCAACUCCAAACGAAAACAGCUUGACCUGGGAUAGUUUGGCUGGAUAUGAAAACGUGAAAUUGGAAAUCGAAGACACUGUCGUGCUGGCGCUACAGAAUCCAGAGCUCUACGAGCGCAUUGCGCAGAAAACGCGUUGCCGCUACGAAAGCAAUCGUCCUCGUGCUGUGCUGUUUGAAGGUCCUCCGGGUACCGGCAAAACAUUAAGUGCGCGAAUCAUUGCACAACAGGCAGGGAUUCCCAUGAUUCACAUUCCGAUCGAGAGCGUAGUAUCCAAGUGGUAUGGUGAUAGCGAGAAGAAAAUGUCGGCAAUCUUUGACGCAUGCGAGAAAUUGAAUGGUGCAAUUAUUUUCAUUGACGAGAUCGAUGCCCUCGCUGGAGAUCGAUCCGGUGGUACAAUGCACGAGGCUUCGCGACGAAUUCUGUCGGUUCUACUGCAAAAGGUGGAAGGUUUUGCCUCUGCCAAGAAGACCACCGUCGUGUGCGCCACAAACCGAAAGCAAGAUUUGGAUGCUGCAUUGGUCAGCCGUUUCGAUCUUUCAAUUCGCUACAACCUUCCAGACGAGAAGACCCGCCGCGCAGUGUUUGCUCGAUAUGCUAAACAGCUAUCAGACGAAGAACUUACGGAGUUGGCUGCCGUUUCACCGCAACUUUCGUGCCGCGAUAUCAAAGAGAUUUGUGAAUAUGCAGAGAGAAAAUGGGCCUCGAAGGUGCUGAAGAAGAAAGAGACGAUGGAAUUGCCUACUUUGCAAACCUACAUGGAAGCUGUAAAAGCACACACGAAUGGGCUAUCCAACCACUUUCAACCUAAUGUGUACGAGGCAUAA